GAAAAGGAGGCGUGGUUCGGACCACUCAACUACGGCGGAGCAGGUGGAGCAGUCUCUCUCUCCUGGAAGGGAGUUCCCAUCCCUUCAUUGUCCCGCCGCUGCUUUUGACUGAGCCGGAGGAAAUGUAUAAAACCUGCCGCGCCAAAGCCGCUUUGUUUGGUGAUCCGCUGCGUAACAGCCGUGCCGAAAGCGCGCAGGACUCCCGCUCUUCCUUACAGGGAAAGAUAGUCUAGAGUCUAGACUUCCUGCUAUAUUGGAAAGGCGCGGGGAGAGGGGCGCGGGAGGCAGAGCUCUCUCCGCGCAAGGCUUGCUUUCUGCACUGCCUUGCCGGGUAAGGGUGGGGGUCGUUGUCUUUGGUUCCCCUUUGCAGGCACAAGAACGGUCCCUCUGGCCCGCCAAGGGGUAGGGCUUUGUUAAAGGCGGUUGCGUGAGGCUGGGGGGGGGGGGGGGGCGUUGUGCCAUAAACAAAACGAGGGCUCAUGCCGGCCUCUGGUCUCCUCGCGUGUCUUCAUAAGUGUAAAGGCACAGGGAUCCCCGUGCGUGCGCUGGCACCACUAGGACAGGGCACAACUUUGCGCAGCAUUACUUCGCAUUAGAAAAUCGUGGCGAGGCAGGAGGGGCAACCCUUGAAAGGUGCGCCCCUUCAACUCUUCCCUGUGUCUCCGGCUCAAGGCAGGGUGCACUGCUGCGCGAAUACGUGUACUUGAGGGCUUGAUUGGAGAAGGUGCUCCGGGAAGGUUAGGGCAGAGCCAGCUGCUGCCCACACGCCUCUCUGGGAACUGUGCUGCUCGAGUGUUAGGCUGCCCUAAGUCGCGAGGUGCCCUGACAAUUUCUGCCAAAUCCGCACCCCGAAGGCUUGGAGCAGCGUCAAGGCGCGGCGCUGCUGUCAUGCUCUUGGCGCUGGGCGACCGGAGCCUCAACCUUUCCAACCAGAGCGCGGCGGGAAGCGCCGGUAACUUGAGUUUCGACAGCCAGCUGCUAGCCUCUCCUGCUGGGAGCCUGGGACGGACGGGACAUCUGACGGUGGCUGUGUGCCUGGGCGUCAUCUUGCUCCUGGGCAGCCUCGGCAACCUCCUGGUGAUGCUGAUCUUCGUCAAGUUCCAGGCCAUCCGGACGCCCAUCAACCUGAUCCUGCUCAACAUCAGCCUCAGCGACCUCCUGGUCUGCGUCUUCGGGACCCCUUUCAGCCUCGCUUCCAGCGUGCGCGGCCGUUGGCUCCUAGGCAAGGCCGGCUGCAAGUGGUACGGCUUCGCCAACUCCCUCUUCGGUAGGUUUUUAGAGCAAGGCUCUGGUUUGGGGGAGGAGGCGCGUGGAAUAUUUGGGAAAGCAAGAGGGGUUUGCCUUUAGGGUACCCAAAGUUCCUGCGUUGUUUUAAACAUCGAAAUUUCUGAAGCUCCAGUUCAUUUAUGUAUUAAUUUAUUAGAUUUAACAACCACCUUUCUCCUCCACAAUUCUAAAGAUCUCCUUCCCUAUGAGGUAGGCAGAUAGACUGGCCAAAGGUCACCCAGUGCCAGUGUGAUUCAUGGCUGAGCUGGGAUUCAGACCCUGGUCUCCCAUAGUCCAAUAUGCCAGCUGUUACAGCACCCUGGCUAUGUGGAGACCACACCAGAGAAAGACAUAGAGUAGACCCAGCCUUGACGAAAGCUAUGUGCUGGGCUUGGUCCCAUUCACACCAGUAAAGUGCUCCGGAACAGUCAUGGAGAAUCCUGGGGACUUGUUAAGCGUGAUAGGAAUUGUCACUCUGUGAGGCCAGCACCCUUUAACUACAGUUCCUUGGGGAAAACCAUUGCUGUUAAAGAGUGCUUUAAAUGUAUGGGGUAGAUCUGACUUUUCAUUUCUGGCCCCCCAAAUUUAGCAAAUUGUAUGAGUGAUGCAAGUUUUCAUAAUUGCUUCUCUUAUUUUGCCCAAUUUAUGCUGCAUUUAAAAACUAUUAUUUGUAUAAUUUACUGUUGCUUUGCUGGUCGUGGAGAAAGGCAAAUAGUUAUUCCAAGCCCUUGGGUGACUUUGUCCGCUGUACCAAGACCGUUGGCAAUUUUACUCUGCAACACCUCCAGACUUUCAAAACUGUUCAUGCACUUUCAAGCCAUUCAGGAAUCUUAGGACUCAGCCAUACAGCUGCAAACGUUUUAAGUGCAUUAUACAAACGUUACACUAGAUGGCGAUGGCGAGCUUUUGACCAAUUCAAUCUCUUUUUAAAACUUUUUUUUUAACGUUUUCAUAGCAUUUUUUAUAUGUGCCUAGAUUCCACCCUAGACAGUCUCCAUUCUGUGUACUGACCAGACCUAAACCUUCAAUAUGCCCACCCACCAUGUGUGUCCUGGGACCUUGACCUUUCUGUCUUUCCAAACAUGCAUUUGCUGCAUUCACAGGUCACAUUUUUUGGGGUGUACAUCUAAAGAUGCAAUGUGUGAAAUGACCAUAAACAGCCACUAAUCUUUAAGGUCAAAAGGUGUCAGAAUCUGGGGGUCUGGCAGGGUGGUGGAUCUGAAAGCCCAGGCCAGCCCUACCGUUAGGUUGAGUGGGGUGGGGUGAUUUUGGGUGUCAUGAAAGGGCAGCUAAUUCUUAGUAGUUUUAUUUACUACCAUUGCAUUUGUACUCCUAGGGAGAGACAUCUGUACAAUUUUCUGUCUCAAGUGCCAAAAUACCUUUGCCUGCCCUGUGGCUUAACUUUGGGCAGGGGGCAGGGCUACCUUUGUCUACCUCACCUUGGGCAGUAACACAUCUUGGUUUGGUUCCAGAUGACCUGCAUUCAUCCUGAUUUGUUUGCAGAAUGCUUGAGGGGAGGUUAGAUGAAACCAGCAAUUUACACAUUGCUGUUUCUUAUUUCUGUGUGGGGAAAUUAGAUGGCAAGCACACUUUCAAGAGCGUUUCCGCAUCACUUUCUCUACUGCAAAAGUCCAGUUUUCAGGAGGAAACAAGUUUGUUGCACAAGAAUGAAAUCAACUUUAAUUGUGCAACCUGAAAAUAGAAAACACCUCUGGACCUGCCAUGAGUUGAGCUCAGUGGUUGAUCUCUGAGCUGCUAGGGGCAUCUCUGCAAAUGUAUUAACUGCCCCUAAAAUUCCAGCUUCUUUCAAAUAUGGCUAUCAUUUUUGAUGCCAGCAGGGUUGUAGGAUAAAGCAUCAAUGUGCAGCCUGAUUCUGCACUAAUCUCCUGGGCAUCUGUACCUCUGUAGCUCAUCCAUUGUUCAUGAUAUUAUCCGUAUGUGACACAGUUAAUCUCUAGCUGGGAUGUGUCACAGUCCAUCUGCUUCAAUCAGAAGCAUGACUUCUCCUGCAUGCACUCUUUCCUCUUUGCAGGGACUGGCUACCUUUCAACACAUGUCUCACAAAGGAAUUUUGUGUAUGAAGAUGCAGAGAACCAUAAAGGCAAGACCUAGCCUUUAUUGAGGGAUAGAUGCAAGAUGAGAUCUACCAGCUCUGAAAUCAGGAAACAGGAAACAAACUUCCCAAAGAUCACAGAGUCUGGCUUUUUUCCUUGUGAGAAGGUUAUUUUCUAUGUUUUUAUGAUGCCAAUUUGCAAACAAGCAGGAGAAGCCAGCAUGGGUGAAGAGGACGGCAACUAGUUCUGGCCUCUAAAUAUAUGUAGGGCUGGUGCCAGCCUAUUUUGCAUCCUAGGCUAGGCUAACUACAGUGGUACUUCGAGUUACAGACGCUUCAGGUUACAGACUCCGCUAACCCAGAAAUAUUACCUCGGGUUAAGAACUUUGCUUUAGGAUGAGAACAGAAAUCGUGUUCUGGCGGCGCGGUGGCAGCAGGAGGCCCCAUUAGCUAAAGUGGUGCUUCAGAUUAAGAACAGUUUCAGGUUAAGUACAGACCUCCGGAACGAAUUAAGUACUUAACCCGAGGUACCACUGUACUUGCAUUCUCCAGCCCCAAUUGCUAAAUUCAAUUUUCAGAAACAGGUGUCUUGUAGAAAAACUGAAGUGCACAAAACUUGAAACUGCUAAAUUUAUUUUAAAUUGCAAGAGUACAUCAUACAAUAAUAAUUAUUGAUUAUUUCAAAUACAAAAGGAAAUGUUUCAACAUGCAAAUCAUCUUGAAUAAUCUUGUGAAUUUUGACAUCAAAAUUUAAGUCUCUUAAAAGUUUCCAUUUCAGGCGCAUCAAAAUCUCACUUUGUGUGACUUUUCCUUUGCAAAUUUUGUCACCUUCAGGUCAAGUGAGGAUGCAUGGGCAUGUUCAAUUGAUAUAGUUGCCAAGUUUUUAUCCGUUUGAGCUUUGACACUGGAAAUGUGAGAAGGAUCCUUAGAUUAACUGAAACAUUAAAAAAAGGUAAAGGACCCCUAGAUUGUUAAGUCCGGGCAAAAGCAACUAUGGGGUUGUGGCACUCAUCUUGCUUUCAGGCUGAGGGAAAUGGCAUUUGUCUGCAGACAUCUUUCCAGGACAUGUGGCCAGCAGGACUAAACUGCAUCUGGCACAAUGGAACACUGACGGAAGUCAGAGCACACGGAAACGCAGUUUAUCUUCCCACCUGAGUGGUACCUAUUUAUCUAUUUGCACUGGUGUGCUUUCAAACUGCUAGGUUGGCAGAAGCUGGGACCGAGCAACGGGAGCUCACUCCAUUGUGGGGAUUUGAACCGCCGACCUUCUGAAUGGCAAACCCAAGAGGCUCAGUGGUUUAGAAUACAGCACCACCUGUGCCUUAUCCACACUUCCUGUUGUCCCAUUGCUUUUCCCCCAGGGAAAACCACUCUUUAGUGCUCAGUCGGAGCAAACAGCAAUUUGCUCCAGUCCAGAUGGUUUUACUUUAUUAAUCAGACAUAGCUCACUAGAAAAAUGAAUACCUUUUCAAACAAAGAUUAUGAUGUGACCGUAAGAUUUAAAAUUAAGUGAUUUUCACUUUGUAUGUGUGUGUGUUUGUGAACAUAACUUCCAAUCAACUCCCUAUUUUAAGUAUACAUUUAAAAAACAAUUCUAAUGUAUAAUGCAUUUUACCUAAAAUCAAAAUAUAAAAUAAAAGUAAAAUAUCAUAAUAAAUUUAUAAUAUAUUACAAGAACUAAUCUGUAUAAAACUGUGCCCUUCAAAGGUCAGUUCUGCACCUGUUUGACCUCUAUACCCCAUCUGGCUGCCUAGUUUGCCUGAUCAUAGCACUGGUCCUGAGAAAAUGUCAGUCACCCACCCAAAAAAACCCAGCAUGUGUGGUUCUUGCAACUGUACAAGGCUGCUUUUCGUUUAGCUAACUGCAAAACUUCAUCCCAGCUGUCAAGCUCUUUCCCCUUCAGACCUUCACCAGUGGGGUGUGUUAAAUAUUUAGGAGCCAUCAGCUGGCAAGAAAACAGAAUGCCUGUUCACUUUAUGUCACAGAGCAGGGUUCAAGGCACAAUGUUAUUAAGAUCAGCUUUGCCUGCUUGCAAAACUCCCCCCCCCCCCCCAGCAUGAUUGAUAUAAUUAUUAUUAAUUAUCCAUGAAACUUACUAGUCACUUUAUGGACAAAUUUAACUGCAAGCAACUUACGGCAAUAAACGAAUGACACAUACAUUAAAGCCUGCAUUAAAAAAACAAAACCCAGAGAAAAAGCUAAAACUCACCCAAAGUUUUAAAAGGCAAGACGAAAACAUCCCACCCCACCCAAAAUGUUAAAAGCCAAAGGCUUGGCAGAAAUGAAUAAUAAAUAAUAUAACAAACUUUUAUUUAUAUUCUGCCCUCCCUGGCCGAAGUUGGGCUCAGGGCGGCUAACAUCAGGUAUAUAACAUUGGUAGAAAAUCAGACAAUACUUAAAUUACCUCUUAAAAACAGGUCAAAAUCAAAUUAAAGUUUAAUUAGAUGGCUUUCCGCAGGGUUAGGGUUGGGAACAGUAAGUGCUCAUCGGCCCAACUGUUUACGCUGAUCUUAUAUGGGCCUGUGAGAAUGCUGGGAGGCCUCUUUCAUAUUAGUUCUUAUACUAAAAGAAAAGGGGAGUCAGGCUGAGCCCUGACCAAAGGCUGUCUUGCAGGCCCUGCGGAAAGAUGUCAAAUCCCUCAGGGCCCUGAUCUCUUGUGGCAGAGCGUUCCACCAGACCGGGGCCAAGGCCGAAAAGGCCCUGGCCCUGGUUGAGGCCAGACUAGGGGCCCAGGAUCUCCAAGGUGUUAUUAUUUGCAGACCGUAAGGUACGAGGGUCCUAGGCCGUAUAGAGCUUUAAAAGUUAAAACCAGCACCUUAAACUUGACCCUGUACUCCACCGGGAGCCAGGGCAGCUGGUAUAGCACUGGAUGAAUGUGAUCCCGCGGUGAAGACCGCGUAAGGAGUCUCGCCACGGCAUUCUGCACCUGCUGGAGUUUCUGGAUCGGUCUCAAGGGCAGCCCCACAUAGAGUGAGUUACAAUAAUCAAGCCUGGAGGUGACCGUCGCGUGGAUCACAGUGACAAGAUCAGGGUGAGAGAGGUAAGGGACCAACUGUUUAGCACCGCAGAGAAAUGUUUUUUUUCUUCCUGGUGCAUAAUGGUAAGUAAUGAUGGUGCCUGGCAAACCUCCUUGGGGAGAGUAUCCCGCAAACAAGGAACCACCACUAAAAGGCCCCUUCUUGUGCUUCCCCCCCUCCAGACCCCCCCCCCCUUGGAAGGGGCACAUGGAGAAGGACCUCUGGUGACAAUUGCAGGUUAUGGUUUAGUACAUAGCAGGGAGAGGUAUUGAGUCAGUGUGGGGUAGUGGUUAAGAGCAGUAGACUUGUAAUCUGGUGAACCGGAUUCGCGUCUCCGCUCCUCCACAUGCAGCUGCUGGGUGACCUUGGGCCAGUCCCACUUCUCUGAAGUCUCUCAGCCUCACUCACCUCACAGAGUGUUUGUUGUGGGGGAGGAAGGGAAAGAAGAUUGUUAGCCGCUUUGAGACUCCUUCAGGUAGUGAUAAAACUCCUUCAGGUAGUGACAAAUUCUUCUUCUUCUUCUUCUUCUUCUUCUUCUUCUUCUUCUUCUUCUUCUUCCGCUGGAUAUCAUCUGUCUUCCAAUGUCACAGGUUUACAUUCCAGCAUUCGAAAAGCAGAUCUUUGAUCUGUUAACUCUGGGCCGCUCUCUCUCUUGCAGGCAUCGUUUCCCUUGUGUCUCUUUCCAUCCUCUCCUACGAACGCUAUGCCACGGUCCGGCAGAGGCAGGCCAAUCCGGUUGUGUCCAGUUACACCAAGUCCUGGCUUUGCAUCAUUGGGUCCUGGAUCUACUCUUUGUUCUGGACCUUGCCGCCUCUUUUUGGCUGGAGCAGCUAUGGCCCCGAAGGGCCCGGCACGACCUGCUCUGUCUCUUGGCAUGCCAAGUCUCCCAGCAACUUCUCCUACAUCAUCUGCCUCUUCAUCUUCUGCCUUGUCUUGCCCCUCCUGACGAUGAUCUACUGCUAUGGGAAAAUCCUGCAGAUGAUUAGAAAGGUAAACCAAAGCCCCCUAACCUCUUUGACAGAAUGUGGUGGUGCAGUCAUGUGUGCGCACAUGUCACGUUGCUGGCCUGAGGUUGUUAGCUUGGAUUUGUUAGGAGAGGCAGGUGUGACUCUUGUUUGGAGCUGUGUCUAGGAGCUCUUUCAUCUUCACCUCUGAGAGCAAUUCCUUAUGAAACAUGCUUCAGAGUUAAAUGGCUAGAACAGGGAGGCCAGCGAUUUAGGGGAAACAGAAAAAUCAGAAGGGCUCCCACAGAGGAUUGUGCAACUUGCACAAAAUGUCUCCCUCCCCUUAUUUAUAGAAUCCUACUUCAAGAGAGAAGAACAUUUACUUCUGGUGUAAGCUUAUGAAUGGUUGAAUCACAGCGGCAUUUUUAAGCUCCCAGGGAUUGAGAGGUAGCUGUGAAUUCUAACAGCUGGCAGUUGUGUAAGAGCCGAAAGUUGCAUACUGCGACUUGAGAAAAAUCACAGGGACAAUGAGACAAUUACUGUCAUUGACUUUUUUUUUAAAGAAAGAGCAGAGCCUCCAGAAAUGAUUUUUGUGAAUAGAAGCAGAUUAACAGCAAGGGUAACAUGGGAAGCAGUGUGAUAUAUUCUCCUUAUAUAAAUAGCAAAGGCAAUGCCAGGCUUUGAACAUAUUCUUCUGCUCAGAUCCUGCUUGUGGGCGUCCCAUAAUGGGCCUCAGGAUGCCCAACUCAAUGGGCCACUGGUGGCUCUUAUGUUCUUGCACACCCAGGAAGCUGUCAGAGGAAACUGAAGGAGCUGCUUGUUAAUAAAUACCUUUGCUACUGGGACAUCUCCUGAACCACACAGACAGCCCCAGGUUUCAGAAUGUUGUUCUAAAGACUUAAAGGAGCUAGUGCAAAAAAAUGAUUUGGGGAAUGACCUGCGCUUGGGUAAGGUGGUACAGAGUGCAAUGAGGAAGAAACUCUAUGAAAAUGUCCCCUCUCUCAUAUUUUAGCAGGUCUGUAGAUUCCACCUGACAUCUGUUCAGAAAAGAGAACACCACGUCCUGUUCAUGGUUGUGUCAAUGGUCACCUGUUACCUCCUCUGCUGGAUGCCAUAUGGAAUUGUCUCCCUGAUUGCGACAUUUGGCCAGCCCGGAACAAUCAGCCCCUCAGUGAGCAUUAUCCCGUCCAUUCUGGCCAAGACUAGCACGUUUGUGAACCCCAUCCUUUACGUCCUCUUGAACAAGCAGGUAAGAACAUGAUAGCAUAUCAUGGGAACAUCAGAAGAGCCCGGUGGAGCAGAUCAUGGAGAAUAACCAGGCAGCACAGCAUUAUUUUGGGUCAAAUCAGGCUGCAACUUUAUUGACUGCAGAUGUAAGAGGUUUGGCAUAGGCAUUGGGUACAACCAUUGGCUUCCAGUGUCCUAACCUCUCCCUCUGCUCUCCCUUUUCUAACUUCUGCUGUGCAUCCAUUUGCUGCUACAAACACAGUUUCUCAUUGACUGACAUACAGUAUUAUAAUUGUGCUCAACAACAAUGCGUUGUGCUGCCUGGCUCUGCAAAUCCACCCGCCUCUCCCCAUCAUCUUUCCCCCAAGGUAUGUUUAAGCUUUAAAUCACCAACUCUCACCUGCUGCUCAUGACUUGGCAGGUUGCUGCUGCAGCACUGCUUGCGGCUGUGUGUGUGUAGUGUACAAUUUUAGCACUAUUGUUAUUCUGCUCUGUUUUGAACCAAAAUAUUUCAACAGCUGGGAUGAUUUGGGAAAGGGCUUGAAAAAGCAUGUGCAGAAAAAGCAUCAAAGGACUGUUUGAGAAGCUUUAGCUGUGAGCAUUUUUGUGACCUGCUAAUGGCAAAACGGGCAACUUAGCAUGUGGCUCGUUCUACAGAUAAAAUCUGCGCCUCCUUUUUUAAAUAGCUGCAAGGGUGUUUCUCACGCUUCCUAUUCUUAGGUGCAGUUAGGGAUUUGGAGAUUGAGAAAGGUUACCUCUGAACCAGACCAUUGAAUCAUAAGUCUGGCUGCUGGAUCAGACCAAAGGACCAUCUUGUUCUCACAGCAGCCAAAAAGUUGCCCUAAAAGGUCACAAGGGUCAUCUAGUCCAACCCCCUGCAGUGCAGGAGUCUUUUGCCCAACCUUGGACUUGAACCCACAACCCUGAAAUUAAGAGUCUCCUGCUCUACCGACUAAGCUAUGGGGCGAUGGGUCUUAGUAUUGCCAGUUUUCUUCUGCAAAAUGAGUAUUUUGUGGUGCCCAUGGAAGUUUAUUAGCUUUCUGAAUGUGGAGCUGAUAUUCAUAGGCAUACAGCCCCCAUCAGCAGUUGGAGAGCACAGCUAUCCUGGAUGCCUGGAAGUUUUCCUGCUUGAGCCCCAGGGUCAGUUUCAGGUUUGACGUCAUCCAGGCGUAGCAGGCCUUGGCAGGCUUACUUGACUUUGGCGGAGGUUCUCGGAGCAGUGCUGAGUCCCUGGGUAGAGCCACCCUUUCUGUUCCCCACGACACUCUGGUGUGGUGCUAGGUUGGGUGCUCUGUGGGAAAUCAGUAAGGGCAGCCAGAUCCAGAAAACUGGUGCUGCUGAAAGAGUCAGGCUGGUGGGGAAAAUGAAGAAGGGGUCCAGGGCAGGAAUCAGCAAUGGCCUCCGAAAACUCCCCAAGAAUGCCUGGCAGGGCUCCUUGGAAGGGAGGCAGUGAGAGACUGCUGGUGCAGCCCUGGCUCAUUUUAGUGGGGCUUUCGUGAGAGAGCAUCCAGGGAGAUCUACUAGGGCCAGAGCCCAGUGGCAGAGCACCUGCUUUCCAUGCAGAAAACCCCAAUUCAGUCCCCAGCAUGAAACUCUGGGAAGCCACUUCCAGUCAGUGUAGACCAUGGGUAGGCAACCUAAGGCCCACGGGCCGGAUCUGGCCCAAUCGCCUUCUCAAUCCGGCCUGCGGACGGUCCGGGAAUCAGCAUGUUUUUACAUGAGUAGAAUGUGUGCUUUUAUUUCAGAUGCAUCUCUGGGUUAUUUGUGGGACAUAGGAAUUCGUUCAUUUAUUUAUUUUUUCAAAAUAUAGUCCGCCCCCCCCAAGGUCUGAGGGACAGUGGACCAGCCCCCUGCUGAAAAAGUUUGCUGACCCCUGGUGAAGACAUUAUUGAGCUUGGUGGACGAAUACCCUGGCUCUGUAUAAGGCAGCUUCCCAGGCUCCUGUGAUAUGGCUCAGACUUGUGCCCAAGUGGGUUCAUCAGUGAGGGAGGGGCAUGUUUUGUUUUGCAUUUGAUGAUUAGUAACAUCCCCACCCCGCUUCAUGCUUUGAAUUAUAAUAGAAUUCAAUAGAAGUGGGGGGGGGGGGGUAGCUGGCAGCAGUAAGGAGCUGGGAGGGGCACUGGUGAGUUCUGUGCCCCUACCCCACAGGCUUCAACUUCAAAUUCUAGCCCUGGAGAAAACUGGAAUUCCCCCUCUGCUUUUGCAGACUGUAACUAGGGCUGCAAAAGUCCAAAGGGGUAUGUGUGGGUUUUUUGCUAUUCCCUUGCUGGGGCAGUACUCUUGAGCCCAUGAUGCUGAGUUUAGUGAUUCACCACAGAACUGCAUGUUCCUUGCUCCACAUCAGGGCUAAGCUCUAGCUGGUGCCAGCUAGAGUUCCCACACAAACUAUAAUUUGUAACCAUGGUUUGAAGCUGGCUCAGCAAACCCUGGUUUAGACCAACCUUGGUUCAUGUUAACCCCAGCUGAUUCCAGUGAACCAUAAAAGGGAGGGAGAAUUUGUGUGUGAUUGGGAAGAAGAGAGAAUGGUGCAUAUUAGAACAUACCACCAGCUUGCAAAACCCAGACUUUGGUUUGGGGACAGGUGGUGCUUACAGCUGAACUGGGUUUCUGGAGAUAAGUUUGUGGUGGAGCACAUGCUUUGUAUGGGGAAACUCACAAGUUCACUCCAGGCAUCUCCAGUUUAAAAAGGAUCAAUCAGAUGGGAACAAACCCUUCUCAGCCUGGGCUCUUGCAGGAGCACUGCCAGUUAAAGCAGAUCAGGGAUUAGGGUCCUGUGGCACACCAGGUGUUUUUGGGCUCCAGCACCCACUGGCCCCAGGCAGCAAGGCCACUGGUCGGGAAUGGAAGGAUUUGGAGUCUAGCAACAUCUGAGGAGCCAAGGAAUUCCCCCUACUGGUAAAUUAGAAACCAGGCAUAAAUGUCAGCAUUGCCAUUGGUGGCCACAAGGUGGCAGCAAGCAACUAUGGUUUCUUCAGAAGCCCCGGGAAUCUGCCUGCUGUUAGCAAUAGUAUACUGAGCUAGGAUGCUUGCUGCUGUGACCCAGUCAGUGUUUUCAUAGAAUCAUAGAACUGUAGAAUUGGAAGGGAACACGAGGGUCAUUUUGUCCAACCCCCUUCAGUGCAGGAACCUAAACUCACAACCCAGAGAUUAAGAGUCUCAUGCUCUGCCAAUGGUGCUCUCCAUAGAGCUGAGGGCCAUUGAGAGCCUCACAUGAAGGGGUGGGCUGGCUAUUCAAGCUGCCUCAGGGGAAAUGGGACUGGUUUUCCCACGUGUUUAUCACCUGAUGUAUGAAACACAGGAGGACAAACAGCCUGUGUGAAGGAGCUGAUCGGCAUUAUGUACAACAAAAGCAGCUUUAAACAGCCAUGUCUUCCCCCAGAGAAUCCUGGGAACUGCAGUUUGCAAAGGGUGCUGAUUGCUGGUAGGUAUUCAGAACUCUAUGAUUCCCAGCGUGCUUUAACAAUCCAUCCCUCUUUGCAGAGAACGCUGGGAACCGUAGCUCUCUGAGUGGAAUAGGAGUCUCCUAACUUGCUUAAAAAGCAGAGACAUCACCUUGCCGACAAAGGUCCGUAUAGUUAAGCCAUGGUUUUUCCAGUAGUGAUGUAUGGAAGUGAGAGCUGGACCAUAAAGAAGGCUGAUCGCCGAAGAAUUGAUGCUUUUGAAUUAUGGUGCUGGAGGAGACUCUUGAGAGUCCCAUGGACUGCAAGAAGAUCAAACCUCUCCAUUCUUAAGGAAAUCAGCCCUGAGUGCUCACUGGAAGGACAGAUCGUGAAGCUGAUGCUCCAAUACUUUGGCCACCUCAUGAGAAGAGAAGACUCCCUGGAAAAGACUCUGAUGUUGGGAAAGAUUGAGGGCACAAGGAGAAGGGGACGACAGAGGACGAGAUGGUUGGACAUGAGUUUGACCAGCAUGAGUCUGACCAAGCUGCGGGAGGCAGUGGAAGACAGGAGUGCCUGGCAUGCUCUGGUCCAGGGGGUCACGAAGAGUUGGACACGACUAAACGACUAAACAACAACAAACUUGCUUUACAAACUACAGUUCCCAUGAUUCUUUGGGGUGCAAGUGCUGUGAUUCUGCUGUAUAUAUAAUGCAGAUGGGGCCUUUGUCUAAUGCCACAGAUUGGUUGUUUGCAGCAUCCAAGGAGGCGCUUGACCAAAUAGAGCUGCACUGAGCUGUCAGUCAUAAUCAAGGAGCAGGAAGUGAGGCAUGUGCAGCCCACACCAGCUGCUUGCUGCUGCAGGGUUAGGGAAAGACUGAGUGGGUGAACAGCAAGCUGCCUGGGCCAGUCGAAAGAGGUGCAAACUGGACUCAGGGAGAGGCUAGUUGUUCCCCUAGCAACUGUGGUCCCCUCCUCCUGGAGGUCCUCCUCCUCCUCCUCCUUCUACCUGGUCAUAGGAGGAGCCAGCAUGCCUGCAAUCAAAGCUAGUUGGCUAGUUAUUUCCAAGCAGCACCUGAAAUUCAGCCGACCACCUCUUGGUCCCUUAUGCCACAAUCCUGCCGUGACCAUAGGAGCAAAAGCUGGUGGGAUUCUCCCUUCUAUGCCGUUCUUGAAAGCACAGGAGCUCCAUUGGGGUCUUUAUCUGGUUGAUCUCUGCACCCAACCCUUAGAAUCCUAGGAUGUUAGAGUUGGAACAAACACCAGAAGCUGGCUUAUGCUUAGUCAAACCAUUUGUCCACCUAGCUCAACAUUGUCUGCAGAGGCUUUCCAGAGUUUCAGGCAGGAGCCUCACCCAGCCUUACCUUGGAGAUGCCGAGGAUUUAACCUCGGUUCUUCUGCAUGCAAAGCAGGUGCUCUACCACAGCCCUUCCCCUCUGUUGCUUUGGUUGAGCUGCCAAUAACCUUUGGUUUUCUGACCCUUAGGCUCCUUGCUUUUUAUGACUGCUUCCCAGUUGCUUUUUAGUCCUUAGCCUGUCCCAACCCUAGCCUUCCCUAGGUGAAGUUUUGGUCUUAGCACAAGUACCUUUUCUCAUGAAAGCUGGGCUGUGAAUGUUUGCUUUUGCUGACAGAUCUCCUCCCAAAGUCAUGGAGAUGUUUGCAGACAUUUCGGCAGCAUUGUGCUAGGCGAGGGUCGGAAUUGGGAAAGACGGUGGGAUCUGAGAUUAAACCUCUGUCUCUUUAAACGUUUGCAAAGAGCAACUUGGGAGAAAAUGAACUGGAGCAAGACUAAGGUCCCUUUGCUGUUUCAAGCCUGCCUCUCCUCCCCAAACUCCUGUUGGUCCCCCUGCCCAUGAGGAAAAAAGAAAUCAGUAUCAUGCUCUCAGGGAACUGACAUCGGAGCCAGAGGCGGAGGCUAGGCUCUCAAGCGAUGCUGGAGAAGGGCCCAGCAGGGAGAGAGGCAGCUCACCAGCUGGGGAAGGAAAUCAGCGUAACACCAGGGAUAAAGGGGGGCAGAUGGGGGAAUCGGCGAGAGGGCUCCAGGACUCCUCGCCGGAGACCAGCGGGGAGAGCACGGGUCCUCCGCUACCCACACCCUCCCUGCGCAGAAGACUUCCGCGCAGGGAGAGUAGGAGGAGACUUGGGGUCAAACAGCUUUUAUGCUGGAAAAGGUUUAAGAAACGCCCACUGACGGAUAGUGCUAGCGACUGAACAGCCACGAAGUGAAGGGCUGUCCAGACAGAAAAGGUUUAACAAGGCAACCUAGCCAGGAGUGGCGGCAACUUACGCACGAGCAACCCCUAUAUUUAUUACACAUGCCUACAUAUUUUCUUCUUGGAGACUUGUAGUAACUUUGGGGAGCAGUGAAGAACAGGGGUAAUGUAGGUGUGGCGUAAAAUGCCCCCCCCCCACAUUGCACUGCUGAUCCAAAUGCCCCCAGUUUUUAUUUUCUUUUUGCAAGAGUGUAAAGGCACUGGUGAUCCAACCCCAGGACUUCCGUUGCCUCAUUUGGUGCUCAAUUAGCUAGUAGGGGAGGCUUCACUGCCAUAAAUAAGCUUGAUACAAAACAGAUUAUUCUGCCUAGGGAAGUAAGGAAAGCACAAGCCUGCUGCUUGCUUUGAGAAUCCAAAGCAAGAAACUAAAUUGAGGAUUGAAUGUGAUGGCUAAAAAGAUCUGCACAAGUUAACUGCAGUGAGCUUGUUUGUUUUUGCUUGCAUGCUGAAUUUCACAUUUUGUUUGGUUUCCUUCCCCCGCCUCCAGUUUUACAAGUGUUUCAUCCUUCUCAUAAAAUGCGGGCCUCCACCAAAGCAACUGCAAACUACUGUGAAUUCAAAAGCAAGCCAGGAUUUCAACAAUGCAGCUGGUGGAACGUUGGACAUCCAUUUGUCCUGCAUGCAAACAGAUGAAAGGCCAAACUAAAGGGAUGCUGGGCUCCCUCCUACAAGGAAGCAGAAAACUCCUGUGGUUUCACUAUGAGUCCUGGCUUGAAGAGGCUUGUUCUGGCAUCUUCAGCCUCAUGCCCAUUUGAUGACUUGCACCUAGACUUCCAGACUGAUCCAAAGUCACACGUGCUUGCUCAAAACUUUGAGAGCAGUUAGAGGUGAGUGGAGGACCUUCUCUCUAGAAAUGCCCAAUGCUACCCUGCUUGUUGCUGGAGUGUAGCACCAGAGUGACGAAGCGUGAACUCUGCUGUAUGGAAAAGAAAUCAGAAGAUGCUGUCAGCUUUUUAGGUUUUGCACAGGAGAGCAGGUGACUCAUUGCUGCCUCUCUCUGCCAGCCAGUUCCAGUCAGAUGCCUGUCCACACUACCACAACUUUAUGCCAGCUUUAUUGCAGUUUAAAUGUUGUGGCUUCCCCCAAGAUCAGAGGCGUAACUAGGCUCUCUCCCACCCUUGGCAAGGAGAUUUAUUGGUGCCUCCAAAUCAAAUGGAGAUCAUGGACCAGAAACUCAAAAGGUUUUGUUGUCACCUUCUGGGCUCUGCAAGUGACUUCCUCCACGGCCAUUAGUGACUUCUAAUGCCAUGAGCAUUAGAAACUACCUUAUACUGUUGGCCUUUGUAGGCUAGGCAUCCUCAGUAUUCUUUUGACUACAGUCCCCAUCAGCCCUAGCCAAGGACGAUGGGACUUUUAGUCCAUAGCAUCUGGAAGGCACCAGUUUGUGGAAAGGCUGAUGCAGCCCAGUUACCGUCAACCCAAACUGAGAACAACUGUCCAGGAUCUCAGGCAGAGAGGGGCCUAACUAUUGAGAGAUACUACCUGCUACCUGUGCCUCCUCUCUCAAUCUGUCUUGGCGUUUGUAUACUUCCUGGUAUGAUGCAAGCAAUGUCCUCAGGCCAGGCCUUGUGCAGAGCUUAGGCCGACAGCUACGCAAGGCACCGAGAAGAGCUCAGGUGUUGCUUCAGCGACAGCCAGAGCUCAUCCAAACUUACGCUUUUCCCGCUGCUUUCCUCCUCUUUACCACUGAAUUGGAGUAAACAUCAAUUGGGUUUUCUGCAGAUUAGUGUUUGUUCUGAUUCAGCAAUGAAGAGUCGGUUGUCCCAGGAAAAGCAGUGGGGCAAACAGAAAAACUGCUCAAACCUGUGGCUGGAAAGCAUGGGACAAGCAGAAACCUCUCAGACCCAUGCUGUCUAGGCAUGGGACAAGUUUGAGCAUGGACAAGCCCUCAGACGGAGCCCUAUGGUGGUAGGUAUAUCCCAGUUGCAAGCUCCACCUUCACUGCAAGGAGGCUCUGUGAUGAUGGAGUCCUCCAAAUCAGAGAUUGGCACUGCUUCAUCUGUGAGCCAGAAGAGCUCUGGUGCCACAUGCUCAUAUUGUGGAUGUGCUUCUGGGAUGCACUCUGUGUGCCAUUUCCCCUUCCGAACUAGAGUCCCUAGUCUCACCUGGGAUCAUGAGACGGGAACGAUUCCUGGCUCAUAAUGCCACCCAACUCACCCUGUCUCCUAGGUGGUUCAGAAAUAGAAGUCAAGAAAUGCAAAUCCAACCAGCGAGAGGCUUAAAAAAGAAAAGAUCAAUGCAGAACCCACUGUCAGCAUAAAAUGAGCCUGAAACUAUUGUCAAGUGACACGAGAUCACUAAAAACAUAGCACUCCAACCCAAUGAAAGAGGGAAACGAAAGAGAUGUAAACAGGCUGGAAGAGCAACGGAAUCUCCACCUGAUGCCUACUUGUGUCAGUGUGAUGUGGCCGGUGGUGGAGCUUCAUGCUCUGGCACCGGGGGGGGGCAGAGAGCAGGCGGGAGCGGGGCUGGCGCACGUCCCGGGGGUGUGGCACGCCGCCUGUGGGGGUGUGGCACCCAGCGUGGGUGGGGGGCAGCCGCAAUGGCACCCCACCAGGAUCGCACUGCCAGGGGUGGUGCGAUCCCCUUGCACUCCUCUUCCUCCGCUAGUGGAUGUGGCUGCCAUUUGUCAGGCUGGUUCUUCCAAUAUGUUUCUCCAUCUUGAAUCUUGAAUCAUGGAGGAUCAUCUAGUAAAACCCUGUGCAGCUGUCUGCAGCCUUGUUGUUAUCAGCACCACGCUUUAACAAACUGAGCUAUUUUGGGAUGCUACAGCUGAUAGGACUUGCAGUCCAAAACACCUGGAUAGCACUAGAUUGAGGAAGCUCUGGGAUAGUGUGUCAGACCAGGCCUAGGGAAAUUCAGAGUUCAUAUCUUGCCUCUGUCCUGAAGCUCAUUGGGUAACCUCAGGCCAGUCUUAUCCCAAUCCCUCUCAAAGGGUUGUUGCAAGAAUAAAAUUGCAGAGGUGGGGAGAAUCAUGUACACCACCUUGAAUUCCUGAGCAGCGUAGAAAUGUAAUAGGAUAAUAAAUCUUACCAUAUGAAUUGUCCCAGACCCUGUGAUCAUUAUUUUAGGUCCUUUUUCAUGUGCCUCCUCCAUGAGAGGUCUGGAGGAUGGCAACACGAGAAUAGGUAUUUCCUGUGGUGGCUCCACAUUUGUGGAACUCUCUCCCCAGGCAGGCUCCCCUAGCAUGUUCACUACAUUAUCUUUAGGCACCAGGUGAAAAUGUUUCUCUUCAACCAGGCCUUUGGCUGAUUAACAUUCUCUGGCCUUUUACAUGUGUCUGUCAGACGGGGGUUAUUGGUUUGUGUUUGUUUUAUUCGUAUUUUGUGUUCUCAUUUUCUGUGUCUAUGUUGUGAACUGCCCUGUGAUCUUUGGAUAAAGGGCGGUAAAUAAAUUUAAUUAAACAAAAAACAAAAAAAAACAAAUAGAUGACCAUCACAACUGGGACACCACCAUAGAACACACCCUCUCCCAAUAACCACUUGUCUUACCUGCUUCUGUGGCCCGCAGAAGGUCAUGCAUCCCCCACCCCUGAAAUAAAUAAGAUAAAUAAAUGGAACAUUGCUUUGAUGGGACAUAAGCCAUCUUUUUGUGUUGCAGCUAGAGCCCCAUGACUCAGUAUCCUGGUUUCAGAGUCCUCCCAAGUACAAGCACUCCAUUUUUGUUAAGUUGUGGGUGAACAUAUCAGACGACACAGUGAUUCUUCAAACAGCUCUUGUUUAUUCAGAGGCCAGAACAGAACUGACUGAAGGGCUCAGUCAGCCUGCUUAUAUAGAGCUCCAGUACAACGUUACUGUAGCAACUUUCUAAAACUAUCCAAUCACUGAACGUCACUUUCGAUCCUUCAUUUGCAUACAAACUAUCCAAUCACUGAACGUCACUUUUGAUCCUUCAUUUGCAUAACUAUCUACAGUAUCCCCCCGCUGGCCCCGGGUGAGAACUUCAGUACAUAACAGUUUUCAUUUGCUGGUUGUUAUAGAGGAUCUGUGUGCCUCUUUGUCAUGUUUAAGAUUAAAAAAUAAGGCUCUUGCUG